AUGCAAGCUUGCCUGUGCCCAGGCCGCGCAACAUAUAUAGGCCAUAUACUACACCUUCUUCCCAGCUCUACGAUUAUAUCAUCAUGGAAGCAUAUCGGUUUUUGUUCACGAAAUUUUGGGCCCCCUCCUUCCGUGGAAGCCGUGGCGACACUGCUGGUCCGCAGCUGGAACCCGGCACGAUCGUUGCCCGUCCCCCGUGAGGAGAAGAAGAACCCUUCGCGCUGGGUUUCAGAACUGGAGAGAUAUAUUCCUUUGGAAUUGCGUGAGGAUACGAAGAAUGACAACUUCCUGGAGGAUAAGAAGUCUGAGCCGGAACAAUGUCUGACUAUUCUGGACAUUUUGUGUCACGCUCGAACUCCGGACUCGCUGAAUUACGAUCUGCUGGCGUAUAUUGGUGUUGAACUUGGACGGUGGCCUGCGGUUUAUACGAUUGUUAAUAGACUUAUCGAUAAUGCAGAAGUAGCAGGGAAAUCACGGUCAGCUAUGAAGAGGGGUGCGCUCCCUUCAAACAUCGAUUGGGCAAGUCUGGGGUCUUUCGAUACAAUGACCGGUGAUGAAUGUUCAAAACUUCGGGCUCCAGGAAUAUUGACAGCUGAAGGGCAUGUAUCGUUGGAUUCAAUUGAUGGGUAUAAUAAUGGGCCACAGGUUACAUGUCGAAUGGGGGAGAAAGUUUCCCGAAUUGGGACCAUGGAGGAAAUAUGGCCGGCCUUGGGAAGCAUUGUACUACAAGCCGCUGACUUGCCACCGGAGCAAUCGCGAACUGCGAUGUUUUAUUUCUAUCGGAUUGUUGCCCGUCUUCAUCACCUGGAUUAUAUUCCACACGGCGUGUACAAAUAUACUAAAUCCCAGGUUCCGGAGCAGCUGAAUCGUGGCACGCCCGCAAUGCAUCUCUUAUCGUCCCAUAUCAUGAAUGUUCUAUCAGAUGCUGUUUGGAUAGGUCAUGAAAUCGAUAAGGCUGUGUCUGCUUUAGCUUCUGGCCAAGAAGUAUCUACAGUAGCCAAAUUCAGAAUGAAAGUCCGACCGCUCGGACCCGAGAUUUGGUUGGAAUUUGUCCUCUGGUGUUGUGUAGAAGGAGGAUUCAAUGUUGAAGGUUCCUGGAUACUCGAACAACUGGCAAACAGAAAACCACGAUGGCUCGUGGAAAGCUUCUCAAGCCACUCUCUCCACUUGGAUGCUAUCAAUUCGUCAAAAAUUGAUCGAUUUGAUACCUGGGCCAGCUGUGCGCGUGGGUCAAAAGGCGCAAGCGUAAAUGAGUCGCAAGGACCGUUUGUAGGCCUGGGCAAACGGACCAUAAGCAGUGAGGUGGUCACUUCAAUGAUGGAUGGGCUCAAUAACUCUGUCAAGGUCGGGGUUGGGCACCGGGGUGCAUAUCUUACAUCCAUUAUCGAGUACAAGAGGUCUCUAAUUCAUUUAUUAAGGGAAAAUAAUAUUUACUUAAAACUACGAGACGUUGAUCACCUCAUAGUUCGCAUGAUGGAAGCACGAGGGGUGGUCCCUGAUGUCGAUCCAAAGUCUUUUGAGCGCUUGUUGGAGCUGUCCUCAGACAUCUCUUGCAGUUUGACCAAGGAGUCACCGAAAGCCGUUACCAACCUUCAUCCACUCGACAGGUCAGCAGUUGUAUUAGGCCUAAAGCAUUAUGUAUUGGAUGCAUAUACGAAUAUGGAGCAUAUUUACAAAGCUCGGGACCGUUUUGCCAAACUUGAUGCCAUCAACAGGUCAGAGGGGGGGGAAUACAAAUCACCAUAUUCUGCAGAACACUCCGAAAUUCCGGAAACGAAUCCGCUGAACGUAUCAGGUCCAAAUCGGGUAGCGCUACAAGCUACGUGUGCAAUUCCGCAUCCGAAUACAGCAUCCCUGACCGGAUUCUCGAGUUCCUCCCUUUCGCAUUUGCUAGAUCUUUCAACCUCGUCUAAGGUGCAUGAUUUCGCGCGUCAACUUAUUUUCUCCCAUGGGGAAGAAGACCCCACAAUUCCACGACAGUGCUAUUCAGACGACCUCCUCGCGCCCGCCAUAAUUAGAUAUGCAGCCGCCAUACAAAAUGAUGACCUUCUUAACACAGUUGCAGAGGACCUACCACUUCCCUGGUCAGGGUCCGUUAUAAGAGCCUUUUUCGGCUACGCUCUCCAGCAUCAUGAUUGGGAUCGGGUUAUUGAAAUACUACUCCACCUGCGGGACAACAAUGGGAGCGGCUGGGACACCAAAGAGGUAGCCCUGCUAGCAGCAGCAAUAAUAAGGCUGGAUAAAAAAUGCCAUGCUGGUGGGCAAGAAAGAACAUCCGGUCAAAACCAAUUGACCCCACUGGCUAGAGCCGAAGAAAUUCUAGCCAAAUUGCUGCAGGGCGAAUUCAACCCCAGACCCAAAUAUUCCGAAGGACACACGCAGUAUCAUGAGGGUGUUCUUUUCCAGUUUCUGAGACUAUUCAAAUCCAUCCGAGGAUCCAUCUCCAAAAUAUGUCAGAACGGCAACCUGCAGUGGAAAUCAAAGCAACUCCCCGCACAUACUAUCCCCAGCUCCGCUUUUAACGAAAUACUAUCUGCCGUCGUUGAGACACAAGGCAGCAAGGCCGGGGAACGGUUAUACGGCCUGUGGUGCAUCGAUGAGCCACCUGCCAACAUCAAAUUAGGUGGGAACAUAGCCCUUCGAUCUACGGCCCGCACCCCUGAUAAUCUGCGUGGAGUAAGGCAAAGGCACAUAGCUGUUCAGUCAGACACUGGUCGAUAUUCUAAGCUUGUCUAUCCAUCACUGCAGACGGUGCGCGUCAUUGCGCGGGGAAUGGUCCGCGAGCUCUAUGAGCUGGAAGCCAAUGGGAAAAAUCUUCGUACAGGUAAACAUGGUGCUUUGAGCAAAUGGGAUAUAUUUUUCUGGGCCCGAAAUCACUUUGCGCUAUUCCGCGUGUAUCGGGAGGACCUAAUCAGCGAGUUGGAUAGCUAUUGGGAAGAGGCAGAGCGGGAACUAGGGAUGAAAAGAAUCGAAAAGGAAUCUCCGUCGUCGAAUAAUGGAAGUGGACGGAAGUCUGCGUUUGCGGAGUUCAUACCGUUUUAA